AACAAUGCCGUGUUAUAACGGUUAUCAACAUCAACUCUGAACCUACCCACCACCAUACGACACCGACCAAACAACUCCGCCAACGCCAGUGCCUGCUCCCACAGCCGUCAUGGAUAUCCUAGGGAACCUAGCACAGUUUCUGGACCGCCCGGGCUUCCCAUGGAAGACCCUCAUCAUCGGCUUUGGAAUCUCACAGUACCUCCUUGAAACAUGGCUCUCUGUUCGCCAGCACCACAAGCUCUGCGAGGACAAGGUGCCGAAGGCCUUGGAUGGUGUUGUUUCCAAGCAGGACUACGAUAAGGCUCAGGCCUACGGACGUGCGAAGUCGAAGUUCGGCUUCAUCAGCUCAUUCUACGGUCAACUCACCAACGUCGGUACUAUUCACUUCGAUCUGCUUCCCAAACUGUGGGGCCUCACCGGCCUCUGGAUGUCCCGAUACGCCCCUAUCGGUUUCCGCGGUGAAAUCACCCAUUCGAUCGUCUUCUUCGUCGCCUUCAACCUUGCCGGAAACCUCGCCAACAUGCCGCUUCAGUACUACAAGAACUUUGUCUUGGAGGAGAAGUUUGGAUUCAACAAGCAGACCAAGAAGUUGUUUUUCACGGAUGCCAUCAGGACUCAGCUCUUGAUCGCUGCCCUCGGUUCCCCGGUUCUCGCCGGUUUCUUGAAGAUCGUCAGCUACUUUGGUGGCAACUUCUUCUACUACCUUUGGCUUUUCAUCCUCGGAGUGCAAACCUUCCUUGUCACCGUCUACCCGAUCUUCAUCCUGCCCAUGUUCAACAAGCUCACUCCUCUCGAGGAUGGAAAGCUGAAGUCCGAGAUUGAGGCAUUGGCCACUAGGCUCAACUUCCCUCUGAAGCACCUCUACGUUAUCGACGGUUCCAAGCGCAGUGCGCACAGCAACGCUUACUUCUACGGAUUGCCCUGGAGCAAGCAGAUUGUUAUCUAUGAUACUUUGAUUGAGAAGAGCGAGAUCAGCGAGGUCGUUGCCGUUCUCGCUCACGAGUUGGGUCACUGGAAGGAGGGUCACACUACCAAGCAAUUCGCAGUUUCGCAGUUCUACACUUUCGGAGUCUUCGUCAUGUUCUCGCUGUUCAUCAACAACCGAUCUCUGUUCCAAGCUUUCGGUUUCGAGAAGAGCAUGCCCACCAUGAUUGGUUUCCUCAUCUUUGGCGAUAUCUUGACUCCCGUCGACACUGUCCUGAAGCUCUUGAUGAACAUCAUGUCCCGGAAAUUCGAGUACGAGGCGGAUGCUUUUGCAGUUGGGUUGGGUUACGAGAAGGAUCUCGCUAAGAGCUUAAUCAAGCUCCAGGUUCAAAACUUGAGCACUAUGGAUGCAGAUUACUUGUACUCUGCGUACCACUUCACUCAUCCCAUUCUGCCGGAGCGGUUGAGGGAGUUGGGCUGGAAGGGAGGAAAGGUUGAGUAGAUACAUUAGGUAUAUGUCGAUACUCGAGUAAUAAUAUUGGGAAGAGGAUGGUGGGGGGAUGUGUGAUUAGCAGAUCAGUUUCUUUGUACCGAUUGUUAGAACAUCCCCAUAAAAAUUGCAGCGCCGGUUACAUUUUAAUCAUGAACG